AAAUUGUCAACCCCCCUGUAGUUUCCAGGAGCCGGCCGGGGUUUGCAGGACUCAGGAUAAGGCAACGCAACUAGCAACACUUCCUUGUGAACGCGGGCCGAGGAAAGGUGUUUGCGUGGUUGUUACGAGGUUUUUAAGGAGUGGUCACUAUGGCAGAGGUCGUCCAGGGAGCGCUUAUAAUCGAGGGCAAGACCAAGAGUGUGUAUGAGGCGCAGGGAGACAGCGCGCACGUGUUGGUGGUGAACAAGGACCGCAUCACGGCCGGCGACGGCGCCCGGGCACAUGACCUUGAGGGAAAGGCCGCCAUCUCCAAUGCCACGAACGGGAAAGUCUUCACCUUCUUGAACGAGGCGGGGAUCAAGACCUCGUGGGAGAAGACGUUAUCUGAGAAGACCUACUUGUCCCGCAAAUGCCACAUGAUCCCCCUCGAAUGGGUCACACGGAGGGUUGCAACGGGGUCCUUCCUACGCCGCCACCCGGGGGUCGCUGAGGGAUACCGCUUCACGCCGCCCAAGAUGGAAACUUUCUUCAAGGAUGAUGCUAAUCAUGACCCUCAGUGGAGUGAGGAGCAGGUUAUCGAUGCCAAGCUUGAAAUUGGAGGCGUGGUCAUUGGUCGCUAUGAGUACGAUAUAAUGGCGAAAACAACUGUUGCCGUGUUUGAGGUGCUCGAGCGGGCGUGGGCAUCACUGGAUUGUGCUCUUAUUGAUAUGAAGAUUGAGUUUGGCAUUGACGCCGAGACCAAAGAAAUUCUUGUGUCCGAUACCAUUGACUCAGAUUCCUGGAGACUUUGGCCUUCUGGUGACAAAAGGCUGAUGAAGGACAAACAGGUUUACCGUAAUCUUGAGAGUGUUACAGAAGAGGCUCUUGAUCAGGUGAAGAGGAACUUCCAGUGGGUUGCAGAUAAGCUGGAUGCGUUUAUACCAAAACCAAAAGGCUUGGUUGUCGUGUUGAUGGGCUCCAAAUCUGACACGCCACACUGUGAAAAGAUUAGAGACCACUGCAAGAAACUGGGUGUCCCCUGCCAACUCCGUGUAACCUCUGCUCACAAGGGCACAGAGGAAAGCCUUGCCAUUAUUGCACAAUAUGAAGGUCUUGGAAUCCCACUGGUGUUUGUGGCUGUUGCGGGUCGUAGUAAUGGUUUGGGCCCAGUUACCUGCGCUAACACCUGCGCACCUGUCAUUAACUGCCCGCCCCUCAAGCCCGAGGAGCUCUCCAGAGAUGUAUGGUCAUCCCUCAACCUCCCGUCAGGCAUGGGUUGCGGGACGGUCCUUUAUCCAGAGGGAGCUGCACAGACUGCUGCAACCAUGCUAGCUUUGAGCGACCAUGUAAUUUGGUCCAAAAUCCGUGCAAAACAAUUGAAUCUUUGGGUCACCCUCAAAAAGGCUGACAAGGAGAUUUGUCAGACGAAUCAAGCUGCUGCAUAACUUUCAUUCUUCAACUACAAAUUAUUCCUCUUUGUUGCAAGCACAAAUGCAAGAGGUUAUGCUCAAUGACUAUAAUUACAUAUGUUAUAUAGACAAAGCUUUUCUCUAAUCCUUAAAUGUAUUAGACAAGUACAAAACCUAAAGUAUAUAUUAAACUUGAAACCUGAUACAUAAUGCCAGAAUAUCAACAUCAAAAAGCAUUUGUAAGGUCAUUACAAAAUGUAUUUUUGAACUUUGUAAAGGGUUCCUUGCUCCUUGAUAUCCUGCUGUAUACAAAGUGAUUACUAAAUAUGUUCCUCCUCUGUAUUUUCAGCCCUCGCCUCAACUUAUUUUACAUGUUUUUUUCUUUCUUCUGUCCACUUAUCCCAAUUGUUAAUUCAUAUUUACACUUUUUGCCACAAUACAUUGUCAAAAUGC